CAGUGUAGGGAGAGAUCAUCGUGAUGUCAGGGAAGGGAGGGCUUAACACAGGAGAUAAAGCCAGCUAAUGGAGAUAGAAUGAAACUGUAUUUAAAGGUCUUUUUUAGUUAAGACAGCCUGUUGGCACGGGAGUGUGUGAGGGAGUUGCUCUACUGCUAGCGUGGUUUGGUGUUCAGUUUGCCAGUUGGCUGUGUUGGUGCCGAGGCAGAAGAACCUCAGUGCUAGAGGAGGGCACUGGUUGGGGUGUGAGUUGUGGGCCUUGUCUGAAGAUCUACAACGGGCUGGUUGUUGUUGUUUUUUUAGUUGUUUGGGUUAUUGUUGGAGUACCUUUGCUCUGCCUGGUCAGAAGAGUUCAGGCGCUUGCUCAAAUCCCUGGCAGAAAUUCCAAGUUUCAGAACGUGGGGAUUUCACACUAAAGGAAAAUUAGGACCGAAGGCUGUUGUAUAGGAGACACAGCUCCACAAAUAUAAACGCUCAGGGAGCCAAGUUGUGUCAUGACCCCGCGUGAGCAGCUAAGGAAGAUGACAGCACUGGGGGAACAGGGAGCCUUGGAUGAGAAGCACUGGUAUCGCCUUGUCAACGGCAUGUCUGCUGCAGAGAUGCGGCAAAGACAGGAGCUGAUGAUGAGGAACCAGAUGGCCAUGGCGCCCCAGAUCCUGGCCCAGGGCCAGCAGAGGCUGCAGGGCGUGCCUGCCCAGUUUGAGCCUCGCUUCAUGGAGCGGGAGCUGGUGCCCCCCACUGAGAUGGUAUCCUCUGACGGCCGCCAAAUGCAUAUGGGUGCCCACCUUGGACCCCCCCUGCAACCCCAUUCAGGUGUCAUACCUGGCAGAGGAUUUCCUGGAGCAGCAGGGUACAGUUUCCUACCGCCAGAGCCAAUGGAGACGGUUGCCAGGCGACAGGAGCUCAUUCACAAGCAGAACAUAGCAAGAAUGGAGAUGAACGCCAUCCUGCACCAGAAAGAGCUCGAGAACGCUCAACAGAAGGGCCUCAUGAGUAUGGAGAACCCCAUGAUGUACCCAGGCAUGCAGGCCAACCCCAUGGCAUUUAGGGGACGACAGCGUCUCCCGGACGGCCAUGACGUCUUCGUCCACCGCACAACCCUGGAGGAUCUCCAGGCGAACAGCCUGCUUAUGUCCGCCAACCCCUACCCACCGAUCAGCAGUCUGCAGAGGGAGAGGAGCCGCCGGGCCGGCCGGAGGGCAGCCAAUCACAAGACAGUAGAAAGCAACAGCUCCGGUCCCAAGGGUCCGUCAGAGGACAAGAGCGUGGAGCAGAGUCCAGGAGGGGCCUCAGGGGAGGAGAAGGAGGCGGAGGGGAAGGGCGAGCUGGUCGGGGAGUCCUCCGACAACAAGCCACACCACGUUAAAAUGGACACUGAGCUGGCGUCUGGCAAUGGUAGGAAGAGCUACAAAGAGGGGGAGCAGGGCCUGAGGAAGACCUGCAUCGGUAGCCAAGAUGGCUGCUCAGACGUGACCAACUGCAGCUCUGGUGUGGGCGACAAGGACAUGCCCAAUCCAUGCUCUGCAUUCCAAGAGAAGUUCCUGUACCCAUCAGCCGCCGGGCCCCUCGCAGGUCUGCCCUACAUGCUCCCAGUGCCAGGGAAUGGCCUCAUGCCACCUGGUCCUCACAAUGUUUUUCUCAAUGGAGAAGAGAUGUCAACACUUGAAGAUAUCAGGAAGUGGACUGUUGAUGAUGUCUACAAUUUCAUUGUGGAAAUACCUAGCUGCUCUGAAUAUGCACAGACGUUUAAAGACCACAUGAUAGAUGGAGAGACAUUGCCCCUUAUUACAGAGGAACAUCUGCUGGACACGUUUGGUAUGAAACUGGGACCGGCACUCAAGAUAAGAGCACAGCUGUCUCGGCGAAUGGGCAACAUGCUGUAUAUGAUGAACAUGCCCCUGGCUGCCCCUGCGCUGCACUCCGCGGCAGAGAAGGUCGGUGGAGACCGCUCCUCCGAGAUCAGCUCCCCCCUCAACUGCAACAGUGUGGAACUGCUGGGCAGCCCCUGUGCCAGGGACACGGAGACCCUGAAGCCAUCCGAGCCCCUCUCAGAGACUGAGAACCCUCCAUCACCAGCAAGCAAAACAGCAUAGUCAAAAAGGGUGUUGAUAUAGGUGUUUGUGUGUGUGUGUGUGUGUGUGUGUGUGUGUGUGUGUGUGUGUGUGUGUGUGUGUGUGUGUGUGUGUGUGUGUGUGUGUGUGUGUACAUGUUCAAAGCAACACCUUGAGACAUUGCCUGGUUUCUUUGUUGACUGUCAUUCACAAAAGGGCUUAUUUACACCAUCUGUCAGAUGUGUACAGUAUAAAAGCUAUUUACACAUUCAUUUGUAAAACUGGGUUUUUGUAGAGGGUGAUGACCCAACAUGCUUCAGUGACAAGGGACUCAUUGUCACUAUGUCAAGCUAUUGCAGGCAAUGUCUUGACUCAAGACUCCAUUCACCAUGUCAUUAAAUUCCUGAUAAUGUGAUGGAUGGAUUGCUGUAGAUUUGUUUAGUUUAUACUUUCAUAUUGAUUGCAUUUGGAUUUGUAAAUGUUUAAUUUAGGCCUUUGCAACAAGACUGUAUGCCUACAUUAUUUUACACACUGAAAAUAAAGGUUUCAAUUAUAAUUU